AUGCUGCGUUCGUGUUUCUCAUCUCAUCUCAAAGCCGCCUUUCUUCACUUGUCUGAAAAAUCGUUCAUCACUUCUCUGAACUCAUCUUAUCGGUUACGAUUCUUCACCGUUGAUUCCUUUUCUCACUUCCCAAUCACAAUUCAGUUCACAACUCCCUUCUUCCUACUCUCUCUACCCUCUUCUCGAUAUCCAAAUCAACUUUGCGCUAAAUUUCAAUCAACACUCUUUCUAUAUGUAAUCGAGGGUACAAAGCACAACGAGUUUGAUUUUGAGUUUUUUGGAAACAACAUAGGUGAACCUUAUUCUUUGCAAUUUUCUGUAAAGGAGAGUAACUCAUUGGAUUUCAACAUGUUGGACACAAUCCUGCACCAGUUUAAAGGAAGCAGCUCAAGUAUGUAUAAUGUAGAAUAUUACUCUAAAAACAUUAUAUAUAUAGUUGAGAAGAUCAAGCUUCCUUGUGCAAAGAAGAUUGUGCCCAGUGAUUGUAGGGCUAUGAUUGGUUGGCAAGUUGCAAGUGUUGCUAAGUGUUAA